UUAUACGCCCGUCUAUGACGGGACGUAUUAUGGUAUACCCCGCGUCCGUCUGUCCGUCCGUCCGUCCGUCCGUCCGUCCGUCCGUCUGUUAAUGUCGUACGCUACGUCAAAUAUCCUUUGACAGAUUUUCUUCAAAUUUUAACACAAUCUUAAUAUUGAUAAACCCUGAUCCCCUUUCGUUUUUGACGGAAUUCUGAAUUGUCGUUCCAGAGUUAUGGGACUUUGUUCGUCAAAAUUUCGUGAUUUCAUUGAAUGUCCUACUGUAGCUCAAAUAUCCUUCGAUGGAUUUUUUUCAAAUUUCAACACAAUCUUAAUAUUGAUAAACCCUGAUCCCCUUUCGUUUUUGACGGAAUUCUGAAUUGUCGUUCCAGAGUUAUGGGACUUUGUUCGUCAAAAUUUCGUGAUUUCCAUGCUCAUGUACUUAUAAAAUAAACCAUGUAUUCAAAUACAAAUAAACUGAAGUAAAAAAAUGAUUCAAAGGGUUAUUUAUUACCUUACUACUUCAUUGGCGAACGACGGGCGUAUCAUGCGCUCAUGGCGCAGCUUUUAUGUAUACAUACUUUGAGCACCUGAUAAGGUGUUUUAUGGCUGAACAGGUAUUAACGCAUUCAUAGUAUAUGUAUUCACAGAGUUGUGUUUACCUUUUGGGAAAUAAUUCAUUCAGAGCUAAUUAUUUUGUCUGUUUCUAAUACUCAGUUGAUGUACAGAGGACACUUUGGCAAGCAAGGGGCGCAAGCAUUGAAGGCAAGAGAAAUAGAACCUGAGCCAGAUGCUGAACAUUUAUGGACCUCCCUCCUGUCUAGGUGGAAGUAGCUGUUGUUGGAACAGUUAUAUAGUUACCAGCAGAAAUGUUACUCGAGCCAAACACUUUACACUAUAACGGUCCCCUCCUAUUUAGGUGGAAGUGACAGUGGUUGGGAUAGUUUUUUAGUGAGCAGCAGAAACGGAAUACAAGCAAACACUGGACCUGAAAUGACCUCUAUCCUGCCAAGGUGGAUUUGUUUGUUGUUGGAACAGUAGUACAGUAAGCAGCAGAAAUGUAACGGAAACCAAACUCUUGACCCCACACUAACCUCAAUAUAAAGAAGUGAAGAUUAAAAGCCAAGUCGUGUCAGGUACAAAAUGGCAGCAAGUGCUCAGUCUUCAGUUGAUCAGGGUUCUAAUGAAGUGAAGGACUAUAUUUGUAAUGCCUGUGAAGACCAGAAUAAUGCUGAGACAAGUGCUGAUUUCUAUUGUAAACAGUGUGAUCGGUUUUAUUGUGGAAACUGUAUUGAUUUACAUGGUAAAUUGUUGGCUAAACAUACAGCAUUUGGAAGAGUAGAUAUAGAUAAGUGGCCAGUUUCCAAAAAAGUGGUGGAUUUUCUACUAACUUGUUAUGAACACAAAGACAAUAAAGUUGACAAGUUCUGCACCACCCACAGUCAGCUGUGCUGCCCUCAGUGUGUAUCCGAUUAUCACAGCCAGUGCAGUAAAGUGACCCAGAUUUCGGAGCUGACCAACUCGCAGCCCACAGGCCUAGAGGGGCUGUCAGUGGAGCUGGAAACUGUCCUGGGGGAAAUUAAAACCCUGCAAAUCAGUCAGAAGGCCAGCAUUCAGUCAUUGCAGAGAACAUACAAGGAACAUAGUGCAGUUAUGAUAGAGCAAAUGCUUGGCAAUUUAAAUACUUAUAUAGAUGAAUGUGAUAAUAAUUCUGUGGGUACAUCAGGCGGAAAUGAGCAAUAUUUAAAAGAAGAGAUGUGUAGGAGUGUUCUCUCUAUCGUGAAUGAAUUCGAUAAUAUUACUACGAAGGAACUUAACGAGAUGAAAGAUGAAGUUAUAAGUAUUAAAGAGUCAGUUACAAGUUCUAUUCAUAAAUGCACCACUCUUCACAAUGACUUGUCACAAUUCCAUGAACUUGUUCAGAAAAUUGGAGAUAAUAAGGAGCUCUGUCUUAUAGCCAGCAUAAAAUGUAAGCAUAUAAUACAGCAAGCAUUGACUCUGCUAGGAAAGUCAGGCAAGGCGUUUAACGUCCAGCGGAAGUCUGUGCACAAUGUGAGAAUACCAAGUGAUUCAUAUGAAUGUAGUAUUGCAGGCAUAUGUGUUCUGACUGAUGGGCAGGUGCUGGUCGCAGACUCAAAGAAUAAGAGGAUCAAGCUGCUGAACCAGCAGUACCAGGUGGUGAAUCACUGGGAUGUGACUGCUGGGCCAUGGGACAUAUGUUUGAUCACAUCCAGUGAGGUUGCAGUGGCUGUGAAUGACCAUGAUAGCAAGAUACAUGAGGUCCAGUUUAUCACUGUCAACCAGGGAAAGCUUGUUUCUGGCAGGAAGUUUCAGUUACAACAUGAAUGUACAUGUAUUACCCAUCACCAAGGAGACCUUUUUGUCACCUCUGGUAAAGAAUUGUACAAAUACUCACUGAAUGGCAAACUGAUCUGCAGACUCUACCAAGAUAGACAAGAUUGGACAGUAUUCAAGUGUGCUGUGAGUCCCACAGGGGACAAGCUGUACAUCACAGACGGCAUGCAGGACAAGCUUCUCACCCUGGCCAGGGAUGGCACACUCCUGGCUACAUACUCAGACCCAGCACUAGGGUGGCUAUGUGGUCUACAUGUGACCCCUGCAGGCCAGGUGCUGGUCUGUGGAGGCUGGCCCCCCACUGUACUUCAGGUGGGCUGGGAGGGAGAGAGUAAGCUGGCUAAUCUUGCUACUCACAAGGAUGGAGUGAGGAGCCCACGGUCAGUCUGCUACAUCAGCACAACAUCAUCCAUCAUUGUGGGACAGAUGUACAAGGACAACAUCCUGGUGUUCAGAGUGGAAUAGUGUGUACAUUCGCUGCUGAAUCAGGACAAGGAUGCUGAGGAUGUCGUGGACAAGGAUGACCUGAAUACACAGAAGCAAUUGCUGAGCACAGCGGAAGACUGUUUAAUGAAAGGCUCAGCCGUAUCAAAGUCCAGCAAUGUGCGGGGACGCGGCCUAUCCAUAUUCAUAUAUUACAUCAUUUUAGCUGUCACUAACAAGGGAGAUAACUGUAGAUCUGCACCAGCAGAGAGCACCAGCAUUGAUAUGUAGUUAGCCCAGCAACAGCUCCAGUCCGGCCUGCAGGAGCUCCAGUCCAGGGCGACCCUUCUUCUCUCCUGACCCCAAGCUACUCCCCUAGACCUCCAGCCUCAAAGGGUCAGCAGUGUUUGACAAUUCCGUUCUGCAGGAAAUUCUGAGCACGUCAAGAUUUCAUGCGCUGUUCUCAACUACCGCUAUGUCCGUGUCGAGUUUCCCACACUCGCAUCGAGUAGUUUUGUUUAGCUGGAGUGCCCGAGUGGGACGAGUGCUAAAGACACCAGGAGUUAUAGCAGUAGUUUUGGUAACGCUAACAGUCAGUUCUCCCUGUUGGACAUCACGAAGAAUGACCAGUUUAAUAAUGUGUUCCAUUUUUUUAUGGGACGAACAGAAAUUCAGCAAAGAAUUUGAGAAAAUUAAGAAACAAUUCAAGCCAUAAAUUCAACAGUGUUACCUUGCCAAGGGGAAUACUUUUGAUGUUGAUAGUUCGGGCAACAGUAGCUGUACGGACUUUCACGGUUUGUCCUUUCAGGGGCAAAAGUGUGCUAAGAGAACGCGCUUUUGACGCUGUUGCUGACGAAGAAAGGCUGUAAUGACUAGGUUGUGAACAUACAGAACACGUUACAUCAAUGGGGUGUGUUCUUCUGGCGCGAAAUCAGCGAAAUAUUGGAAACACUCUGCUAAAAGCGAACACGUGCGGUUUUGUAGCGAGAAUUUGACACUCCGAGCCCAAAGGGCAUCGUAUUGAUUCGAGGCUAAAGAAGGCCUCGAAAUAUGACAGCAUUUUUGUUGUAUGAUCCAGUAAGCCAUUAGACGCUCAACCAAAGUUAAUCAGAACUCAAACUCAAUCCUAAACAAUAUCAGCGAGGCCAGAGUGUCAUCUCAGCUUGUUGAGCUUCAGCAAACAAUAUGAGCCAACAAGACAAACAUUAUUGUACAAUCCCGACCCCCUUUUGCAAAAAUACUACAACUCUCUUAAGAAAUUCUGCAGGAAAUCCUCUUGUGUCAGCCUUACACGCUUCCUAUCAAGAUAUUUUCCCAUGUUUGCUUCAUCAACACUUCCAACAGCGGAUCCUUGGUAAUUUAGACUUCCGUUCCAGCGUGGAUGGGGCUUAGCAAUAAAUUGAUGCUGGGCAACGACAAAUUGUUCGGGACGAGUCGCUCGAACGGGAACGAUCUGAUCCAACAGAUAGCUUAUAGUGAUACGUCCAUUAAUGUGACUGACCUCGAUAUGUUGCUUUUAAAUAAUGCGAACCUUACACCAGAAGAACAGUCUGCGAGCAAUUAUUACAAUGCUAAAACAGCCAGGAACAGUCAGUAGCCUUAGGCAGACUGGCAUGAUGUGAAGACAGAUGGUCCAUUGAUAAUGAAGCAUUGUGCAACUUAAUGGUUUAUCUUUUGAAGUUCUUGAAUCAUGGUCUCUGUUUAUCUGGUCACAGUGGGAAUCAUUCAUUCAAGCCCUUAUGUCAGUUGAAACAGAGAAUGGAGUACCAUGGAAUGCUGAACCAACGCUUCUUGACCGCCAUGCAGAAAAGAGAUAUUGAGAAAGUCCAGCAACUGCUAUUGAUGCCAAAUUACGACCUUAACUAUGCUUCACAGAAACGAAUAACACCUUUAAUUCUUGCAUCCCAGUUGGAGCCCUAUUCAAUCAUAGAUCGGUAACAAGCUGAACAACGGGCUCUCUUGCCAGCUGGGCCCAGACACCCAGGGAUACUUCCUUUGCAUGGGUGGUGGUGGGUGGCUCUCUGCUCAGGACUUUUGGGCAGUUCAACGUGUCCUUCUCGGCAGAGUGCAGCCAAUGUAAACAUGGGGCUCCACAUUUUCCUGCCCAGGGGUCAAGAUUACCUUAUCCAAAUAGUAGAUUGAAGCCUUAUCCUCAAAAGUUCAGGUCCAAAGAAAGAUGGUGACCAACUGCAACUCAGCCACUUCAUCUCAAUAGGACAACAUGCCAGUGAACAAGGCACCCUUCCUUAACCCUCGCCGACUGCGCUAAACGGGAACCUUAAUAUACAUGAGAUUCCAGGCGGAAUGUAAAAUCUGUACCACUCUGAUCUCCAGUAGCAGCCCCAGCCGUGGGAGGCCGAUUCAUGAUGCACCUAUGGCCUUAAUUAUCUCUGAACAUCCCAACCUCACAUGACCUGUAGGGCGGGGAUGUAUAUAAAUGAUCAUUAAAUCCCACAAACCAAGGAGAGGUUAUAUUGGAGUCAAUUUUAUUGGUCCGUGUUCAGUGUCAAGCAGUAUCCUAGCAAUCAAGUCAAGUCAGCGCAGCAGCAACAACAGAUGCAGCAGCAGUCGUACGCAAUACAUCAACAACACUGGUGCAUAUGCAUUAAACUAUAAAGAAACGACCAUUGACGAAAUCAAACCGGCAAAUCAGAAGGACAGCCUGUUGCUACAGUUGUUUACCCCAGUCAUGCAGAAGAAGCUCAGAGAUAUAAAUGCUGUUUAAGAUGUGCUAGUCUCUGCAUACUCCAUGUCUGGUGUGAACAUGUACAAUUGAAGGUCUCUACAUACACCAUGUCUGGUGUGAACAUGUACAAUUGAAGGUCUCUGCAUACCCCAUGUCUGGUGUGAACAUGUACAAUUGAAGGUCUCUGCAUACCCCAUGUCAGGUGUGAACAUGUACAAUUGAAGGUCUCUACAUACCCCAUAUCUGGUGUGAACCUGUACAAUUGAAGGUCUCUACAUACCCCAUGUCUGGUGUGAACAUGUACAAUUGAAGGUCUGUACAUACCCCAUGUCUGAUGUGAACAUGUACAAUUGAAGGUCUGUACAUACCCCAUGUCUGGUGUGAACAUGUACAAUCGAAUGUCUCUAUAUACCCCAUGUCUGGUGUGAACAUGUACAAUUUGAGGUCUCUACAUACCACAUGUUUGGUGUGAACAUGUACAAUUGAAGGUCUGUACAUAUGCCACGUCUGGUGUGAACAUGUACAAUUGAAGGUCUCUACGUACCCCAUGUCCGGUGUGAACAUGUACAAUUGAAGGUCUCUACAUACCCCAUGUCUGGUGUGAACAUGUACAAUUGAAGGUAUCUACAUACCCCGUGUCCGGUGUGAACAUGUACAAUUGACGGUCUCAUCUUUGAAAUUGGGACAGGUGGAAAAUUAAUGAAUUGAUGCAGACAGAAGUCGCAUAAUGACAAAUCAAACAAAACGUGUAAAUCAAGACAGUCUAGUGGCCAGCCAUGUUUUUAUGUGACCAUCCAAGUUGUGACCUUGAAUGUAAAAAUGUUAAAGUUCUUAUUUCAUGUUAUAACUUUGGUAUGCUUGUACCUAGAGUCUUCAAACUUGAAAUAAAGAUUGGCCAGUACUAGAAGAUGACCACUGGUCAUUUCAAUGUCAUUCAUUUGAAAAGUACUUACAUUUCAUUUUGACCUUUGAACAAUAUUUCAGUAAUUUAAGUAUUGCAUUGACAAAAACACGAAAGGUACUUUCCUGUCAUUUAAAUAAAAAAUCCGGCUUCAAUGCGGUCAUCUCCGACCGCGGAACUCUUGUUUGAAAUCAUAAAAUUUAGUUGUCCAUACAAUGCUUACAGUUUUGCAAUUGCGAUGAUAAAGGAAAUGUUCUGCUCAAAAUGUCUUUUUAAGACAUGUGAAAAUUGUAGCAAUCAUAUUGUACUUGUAUUUAUAUUAUACAUUAUAAGAAUUUACUUACAGCUGAUGAUAGCGGCAGUUUACUAUUUGUGUUACAGUUUGUUCCACUCGACCAUCAGACCAUAUUUCCUUAAAAAUGUGAUUGUUAAUAUUGAACUGUAAUUGAAUGCAUGAAACAUGACUGUUCUGUUGCUUAACAGCUGAAAAUAGCUUGAUGUUUGUAAAACUGUAUGAAAUGUUUCAAAUAAAUCAUUUUGAUUACAUAAAAAAAUAAAAUUACAUUUUACUUUGAAUGCAUAACAAACAAUUGUUACCAUACAAUCAUAUUAGUAUUGAACUUAAUUAAUACUUUAACUUUAAGCUGCAAUUUUUACAAUAAUGUGUUAAUAUUUUCAUCCAUUCCAAAUAAGCAUUGUGCAUUCGUAAAUAUAGGGUGUAUAUACACUGCUUAGAUGCCUUUUUUAAAUUGCUUGUGUACGUCAUAUUGAUUAAAGACUCUUAUGUAUUGCA